AUGAGGAUGCGGGGCUCCCAGGCCUUCAUUUGGGCCGUUUGUCUCGCCUGUGUUCAGCCAGUAGUGUGCCCCAGGAUUCCCAGCUCCAAGUCAGUCCGGGACCGGCCACGCCCUGCUCAGGGCACUCCCACAGACAGGGCCGAGUGCUUCUCUGACUACAUGACCCUGCGGAUCCCCAGGGCCCGUGUGGAGGGGCUGAGGCAGUGGCUGGCCCGGACCCUGCACCCACUAGGCACCUGGAGGUCCCCUGGAGGUCAGGGUCAUCUUCUGGCCCAGUGCGGCUACCUCCUGCGUCCCGGGCCUGAGGGUCACUUCAUUUUCCAGGCUCUGUACUCGGCCUGCUUUGUGCAAAAGGAGAACGCAAAUUACAGGUUGGAAAUCAGAAUCUUUCGCAAAGGGGUGAAGAGGUUGGAGCAGAGCGAUCGCUACAUAAUGAAGUGUCCUGUGGUCCCGCCAAGGCCUGGCCAGCAGAGCGUCCUCUGCAGGCCCUCCUUCAUUCAGGUCUCUCGGCCCCUGCCCCUGAGGACCCACAGUGGACAGGCCCCGUGGCUGUUGACCCUUCGUGGGGAGAUGGUGGUGUCUCUGGAGGAUGCGAGCCUGAUGGGGCUGCAGGUGGACCUCAAUGUCACCACCAUCACCGUUCAAAUCCCCCGGCGAGACCUUCUGCAGAGACAGGAGGUGCAGAAUGUCCCCAUGGAGCUGCUGCCGCUCUGGCUGGUGGGAGGUCACUACGCCUACUCUCUAGAGGCUGCUUGCCCACUGGUGUCACCCCAGCCAGAUUCAGAGAUCUUUGUCCACAUUCCCAAGCGGAGGCUGGGGCUGAUUAGAAGGGGGCCCCUGGUAGAAAGGGGCCUGAGCCUGAGCUUCCUCCGGGUGCACCAGUCAGACCCCGUGGCUGUGAUUGAGAGCAAGGACUUCCUGGUGGUCAGCCUCCCGGCUGCCGCGCUGCUCCGGGCUCAGCCUUGCCAGGAGUCCCAGGGAGCUCCAGGGGUGCAAGCUUCCUACAGGGUGGACCUGAGCCUGGGGUUCGCAGAGUCCCUCACCCCGGUGCUUUGGACGGUGGAGAACUUCUUCCAAUGCAUGGGUAAGGGAGUUGUCUUGGGAGGGCCCCCAUCAUCCCUGCCAGCAGCCGGACCUCCAGGAGGAAGCGGCGCCUCCACCGCAGCUGGUCUUUCCAGAACAACCCAAGAUGAGCGUGGUCCCCGGGCUCCCCUGGGGGAGUCAGGACUCCUGGGGAAUCAGUCUCCCUGGCCUCCAGCCACACUCUCCUCAGAGCCCACAGCAGCUGCCCGGGCUAAGCCCUUACAUCCAGUCUCCCAGGAUCCCACUGCCCUGACCGCACAUUUACCCUCAGAAGCCUCUUCUCCACAGCUCCCCCGGGGGUUGGACAGAUCCAAAGUGUUCCCAUCUGUUACCUUCAUGGAAGGUUCUGGAAUAAGGAGGCUGGAGCAGGACCCUGCCCAGCUACCAGGAAGCCUGGGAGCACUAUCUACAGCCCAGCCCAGCCAGGGCGUGCCAGACCAGGCUAGUGGGGACGUCCAGCCAUCAAGGGGCCAGGCUGAGCUGUCCAUUUCCCAGAUCUACACUCAGAAGAGCAGUUCUUACAGCUGGACCAGCUCUGUCAAUGAGUGGCGGAAGAUGGCCCCCGAGGACCACCCAGCUGGAGGAAGAUUCACACCUGGACUCCACACAUUGCCUUCCCCCGAGGCGCAGAGCUGCAGUGCCGACCAUGGGCAGCAGGGGGCAGCAUAA